CCUCAUUCUGUACAACUCAAAUGGAUGCCGUACGUGGCUGACCUAGUCAGUAAUGGAUGACUGCCGCAUUUGUGCUGUCAGUACACGCGAGCAACUAGACAUAGUGUCUGCAUGCGCUGUGACUGCUCGUUCCUCUCGUUCGCUCGAUCCUCCCGUUCGCUCGAUUCGCUCGCUCGACCCGCUCGUUGAGCCAUGCCGAUGGCAGCGCUGGAUUGGACAUUGGUGCUCUAGAUCCUCAUUUGUCCAUGAUGGCUUUUGCGUCAAUCCACUUUCGACACCGUCAAGAGGAGAAAGGUACGUUUCGGCCGGCGCUGCUGGCAGUGGUGAAAAGUGGUCAUAGGACUACGCGCAUUGGACGCGACCGACAAGUGGCCAGCGGC